AUCCUCUUGCAUAAAUAACGCUCCGCUACUGCUCCUAAUUAAUCAUGGAGGCCAAUCAUGGAGCCACAUAUAUAUACAGGAAAUAUAUCAGUUGGUAACCACAUCAAUCUCGAAACAAGUUGUGCCCAAAUUACUACGCACCGCGUACUGCAAAAGAAUGAGCUCGGUGGUGAAGAUUGGACCAUGGGGCAUGGGCCGGGGCUCCCAGUUGACCGAGAACUGUGACAUCGCGGUAGCUCCUCUGCGCCUGGAAAGCAUCACCGUGAAACAUGGCGAGGUUGUCGACUGCCUUAGCUUCUCCUACAGGGACCGCGAGAAGCUACCCCACACCGCCGGACCCUGGGGCGGCAGAGGCGGCCAGGAAAUCACGAUAAAUCUUGGCCCGUCGGAGUUCGUGACGGAAGUUCACGGGGAGUACGGAUCCUACUACGGCCACAACAGCAUAGCCAACCUCACGUUCGUCACCAACCGCGGACGCCAUGGACCCUUUGGAAUAGUGGACACAUCCGGCUGGGAUCGCUUCAGCGUUCCCAUCAAGAACAACAGCAGCAUCGUCGGCUUCUUUGCCCGCACCGGCGAUUCCUACCUCAGCGCCAUCGGUGUCUACGUCAGGCCAUUCUGAAUUUCUCAUCGUCGUCAACAGAUGCCUGCCCUGGAUGCUGUGAAUGUAUCGCUGUAAAAUAUGAAUAUCCGCGUUAAUUAUAAUGCCGGGCUGCGUCCAGGGCUUUCCCAUUUAUUUUGCGUAGGCUGUGUGUCUGGUUGAAGUUGGAACUGAUCUAUUGUAGUACAUGUAAGUUGGAACUGACCUUUGCUUUCAGUAAAGCGGGACCAAUUUAAAAGGUCUUUGGUAAAGAAAAACAACUACAAUGGAAAAUUUGGGCCUUUAUUUGGCCUGUUAAUUUUCUUGCAA